CCGGGAGUCUGAGUGCCGCCGGUUACACUUCUGAGUGCUUCGGCGCCCCAGGGCAGGGGGAGUGUGUGCCGAGAAGCCGGGGGGGCAACGAUUAGCAGGCAUACCCAGCAUAUGAACCAGCCUGGAGACAUAUAUAGAAGCCUGGAUCAGGCUGGAGAUGGUGUGCCCGGGCGUUCACGUGUGUCUAGACCCACAGGCGGGUCUAUAUGCUGUGUGGGCACCUGUCGUGUGAGUGGCCCCGGGCGUGGCUGCUCCUCGGACUUUCAGUUCCUGUAAGAUUUAUCUCUACGGGCCUACCUUCCCCCGGUUCCAGAAGGGAACGUAAGAAGUUUAACGGGGCUGGGACUGAGCAGAUUAAGGCACUGGAGCAGCGGCUGGGCCAGAGCGGGUGGGGACUGCGGGUACUGGGUGGUAGGGAACCACCUAUUUGUCCCGUCUUCCAAGCAGCAAGGCGAUUUGGAAAGACUGGCGUGACAAGGGUGGCCCUGAAAUGUCUACAGAUCCCGGGCAAUGAUGAUCACUGAGUGAGUGGCACUGGGCUGAGCCCGGACAGUUUGUUGGCAAGAGGGAUGCUAGCAGUUAGGAAGGCAAGGAGAAAACUCAGGAUGGGGACCAUCUGCUCCCCCAACCCCAGCGGGACAAAGACAUCAUCGGAGGUCUGCAAUGCCGACUGGAUGGCCUCGCUCCUCCCUCACCUCCACAACGUCCCCCUUUCCAAUCUGGCAAUCCCAGGUUCUCAUGAUUCAUUCAGCUACUGGGUAGAUGAAAAGUCCCCUGUGGGACCUGAUCAAACCCCAGCUAUCAAACGCCUCGCCAGGAUCUCCUUGGUGAAGAAGCUGAUGAAAAAAUGGUCUGUGACUCAGAACUUGACCUUCCGAGAACAGCUGGAAGCUGGGAUCCGCUACUUCGACCUGCGUGUGUCCUCCAAACCAGGGGACACUGACCAGGAGAUCUACUUCAUCCAUGGGCUUUUCGGCAUCAAGGUCUGGGAUGGGCUGAUGGAGAUUGACUCAUUUCUUACACAGCACCCCCAAGAGAUUAUUUUCCUGGAUUUCAACCACUUCUAUGCCAUGGAUGAGGCCCAUCACAAACGCCUGAUCCUCAGGAUCCAGGAGGCCUUUGGAAACAAGCUGUGCCCACCGUGCAGUGUGGAGAGUUUGACAUUGCGAACCCUGUGGGAGAAGAAGCGCCAGGUCCUUAUUUUCUACCACUGCCCCUUCUACAAGCAAUACCCCUUCCUGUGGCCAGGAAAGAGGAUUCCAGCACCCUGGGCAAAUACCACAAGCGUGCACAAAUUAAUUCUCUUCUUGGAGACCACCCUCAGUGAGCGGGCCCCUCUUGGCUCCUUCCACGUCUCUCAAGCUAUUCUCACCCCCAGAGUGAAGACCAUUGCCCGAGGCCUGGUUGGUGGCCUCAAGAACACUCUGGUGCACAGGAAUCUUCCUGCCAUCCUAGACUGGGUGAAAACUCAGAAACCUGGAGCCAUGGGUGUCAACAUCAUCACAUCUGACUUUGUGGACCUGGUGGACUUUGCCACGACCGUCAUUGAGUUGAAUGACCUGCUACAGGAAGACAGAGCUUUGGCUAAAUGCUGAUUUAAUUUUUUAUUUCACUUACUGUUGGAUUUAUUGAUCCAUGGUAGAGUACUAAAGCAUUCCCCAUUAGGAUGGCCUCUGGGCAGUGAUGGUGAAGUAAUUAAGAGGAGGAGACCAUUUUUUCCCUCCUCAGAGGGCCAUGUGGGUAAAAUUACAGGGCUUUUAAUUGCAUUUUCCCCAAAUGAGACUUUUAAAAAACUCAAGUCCAAGGGAAGAAAGCAUGUUUCACGUGAUAAAGGUCAAGAUGUCCCCAGUGGCUUAAGGAGGUGAAUGGAAUAUGGAAAUAGGGUCUCCAGGUUCCAUUGGGGUGUGGAGUGUCUGCUAAUUGGCCUAUUUCCCUGGUAUCUUCUAGGAUGUUGUGUUUGAGCCAGUGAAAGGGCUAAUACCAGAAAGAUAUUGCAGGUAGAAAGAAUAAGUCGAGGCACACGUGGACCACCCUGUGGGACAACUCUAACAUCCAAAGGAGAGUAGGGGCAAUGCACUAGUUCUCUCUAGAAAUGGUGAAUGUCACCACUUCUUCCCUGAGAAAUUAAAAUGUAUUUAUCACCAAGGUAUUUUAGCCACAAGCUGUUCUUGCAACUUGUCCUGGUCAGUGGUCACCUGAUUUCUUUAGCUAAAUAGUACAUUCUGCCCUUGGUAUCAAAAAUGUAUUUCCCAGUUUUAGAAAAUUGGUUCCUUUCCAUUUCUUUUGGCCCAUCCUUAAAAAAUGAAAGGAACAGUGACAGAAGAUCUUUUCAGUUGUGGGACCCAACAAAAGAUAGACAUGCAUGUUUGUCGCAUGCCAGAUUUCUUUGAUUUAAUUCUGUAGCUUCUCCCAAAAUGGCUGGCAGGCAAGCACCUGCAUCAUUUUGGAAAAUUCCUCUUUGGAGUGGGAUCUUCAAGCCAGACCUUGAAAUUGCAUUUUGUAGUCUGCAUGUGGGACAUUAAGUGGAAGGCACUUUGUCCGUGAUACCAUGGAGGCAGAAGCAGGAUGCAUGGGAAAGUGCAAUGACAUUAAAGGAGGAAGCUGCAAGUGGGUUUGGAGCUGUUCUGUAACUCCUGGAAACAAGACUACCUCGGGAACAUGUGGGAUGACUUUUGUGUCAUCAAGUGAGAAACACCCAGUGUUGGAACAUUUCCAAUUGGUGUACUUUCUGCAGAUUGUUUUGAGCCUACUAAUCACCACUGCAUGAGGGCUUUGAAACUCAAGAGGGGAUUUUUAAAAAUUAUUAUUGAUAAGAGGUGCUUAUCCAUAAAGAGCCCUCUUGUGUCUUUAUUUAUUUAUUUAUCUGCUUAUUUAUUUAUUUAUUUAUAGAUUAAGUGUCCGCAGUGCUUUUUGCCUCAGGAGCACUCACAAAGGAGCUUCCUGAGCUUUUCUUCCCCCUCCCAGGACAGAUGCUGCCGUGGUCUUCCUCCCAUCCACAGGACCUCUCAUCUCAGGACCGGUGUGACGUCUGACUCUGCUGUGGAUGUCCUGGCUCUGCUCUCCCCCACCCCCAGCCUUGCCAGGGACAGUGGAUAUGUUUGGCUGUGGUCCAGAUCUGAUAAGCCACUACCAAGCCACACCCUGGCUUGACAGAAGAUGAAAUGGGUCAUGAAAAACUCUCAGCUCUUGAGGUGGACCCUCCAGAAGAGAGUCGAAAAGAGAAGAAGCCAGAAAGAAAACUGGCCCUGGGAGUGAGUGUAUUUCAGUGCUCCUCAGCAUUGUCUGAGAAUCUCCAGGGGAAGGUGUCAGCCUCUGAAUUCUUCAAGGAGGAAAUGAGAAGAUAGGAUCCCAGGUGAAUGUGUGCAUUUAAAAUGAUUGUUUGGACCCUUCCCCAAGCAACUUCCUGUUUUUCUCCUUUGAUGCUCCAAGCUGGAUUUUGCAAGUUGCCUGCUGUGGGGGUAUCCUAGUUGACUACUACAAGCACAUGCAACCCCCAACUCUUGGUCUUCCAGCCUCUAUUUUCUGUAAAGUAAUCAAAGUCCUGACCUUUAGUUUCCACUACUUGAGGAGGUCACAAUGCAAAUGCUUCUGGGAAAAUCUGUUUUAACUUCCUGUUUUCUUGCAUUUGAAUUCCUCCCUGAAGAGGUUCCUGGGAUAGCAUUGUCAAAUUCUGAAGGGCCUUCUCUGGAUGGGAGUGCCCUCACUUUCUUCAUUUCCCUUCAAUGCUGAUAUUAAACCCCAGUGACAAGCACUAAAAUCCCUGGCCUUACCUCAGGGUUUUAUUUUUUGUCAAUUGUUUUAUUUUGUCUUUUAUUUUCAUUCUUGAUCAAUUGCUAGGGACUAGGUCAUUUCCUCUCUUUUAACCCUUUAUUACUUGGCAAAAAGCUAAGGAGGCAAGAGGAGACUUAUUCUGCUCUGUUUUAUUUGAGCCUCAGCUUUGCCCAGGUGCUUGGUGCUAUGAGGCCAGGUGUGUUGACAGGUAUCUGCACAGGAUGCCCAUGACACCCAAGGGCUGCUGACUGUUCAGUGACAUGUUUACUUGAUUUUCUCCCUUAGUUUUUAAAUAUAUAAUUGCACUUCACUUGGGUUGUAACAUUUAAGUGCACCUCAGUGUUUGCAUGGUAAAAGUCAAAAAGCAUGGCACAAAAGCACAGAAAACUAUAUACCAAGGUUGCAUGCUUGGUGGAGUCCUGCUCUCUGUGGGUGCAGGUUCCCACUCUGUCAUGCUACUAUGGGUUGCCCGCCUUGCUUAUAUUUGGAAAAUCUGCACAGGAGUUCUGGCAGGUAGGAGGAGGAGUGUUUACAAUUCCCUGAUAUACACUCUUGAAUUGGCAGAAUUGCUGCCCUGAGAAAAGUCACUUAACACAUUGUAAAGGAUGUAUGUAUUCUGCUCCUGGAUUAUGAGGCUGGGGAGGAGACCUCAGUCAGGCAGAAAAGACAGAGGGAGAGUAGACUUUAGGGUCUAUGGUCCAUUCUGCAUCUGCUGAUAACAAAAAUGGUGACCCAACCACAUCAGUUAUUCUUAUAAGUUCUGUGAUCCUUUCAGAUCAAAACAAGGCUAUCACACUUGCUCAGAAUUAACUUCAAGAUCAACUAAAGUCUCCCUGAUUGAGCCAAAGAGAACUUCAGUUUCACAGGAUUCGGGACCAUAUUUAUUUGGAAAUGUAGACUGAGCUUCUCAUGAACUACCUGGAUCAUUUCCCACAUGGCCACAUUCCCAUGAUUUUUGACAAAGGUGACUAACAGGUUUUAGUUAGAUUGGGGUGGUGUUUAAAGGCUUGAACUUUGAGCCUCUUAGAGGUGCCACUGUGUUUUUGAUGGGUGCAGAGAUAUUCUUAGAGAGAGAGGUCAAAUGAAAUUGAUGGAAGGGAAUAUGUUAUUGAGAAUUGAAUUUUAAAUUAAUGGCAACUGUAAGAGAAUUAAGCCAAAAUCUUCUUUGUAUGUUUGCUGGAUUAGACUCUUGGGCAUUAGGGUUAGUCACUUUCCUUAUCUCUGAGCCCAGGCCCCUGAAUUCUUGAGAAUACUCAAGCCACAGUCCAAACCGAAGAUCAUAUAAAUUCAAAACAAAAAGCACAAAAUCUGAGCCUAGAAAAUGAUAGAUCAUAAGAGCCCUAGUUCUUUUCUUCAUGACCUUCUCUUAUUCACAUAAAAAAAAAAGGUUUUUGUUUCUGUUCAAGAAAAUAAUGCAGUGCUGUAGUGUGUCAGGGUUUUCUAUCUCUGGUUUUCUGAAUCUUAACCAUUAGAAAGUACUACCUGAAGAAACAUUACAACUCUACUAGAAGGUUUUGCACAAAGCUAAAAGGUGGAGAAACAGAAGAAAUUAAGAGUGAAAUUAAACUUCUUUUUCUUGGGGAGCAAAAGGGCUACACAAAAUCAACCAUCUGACAGAUUUCAUUCAUGCCAUAGUUGAAUUUUUUGAAAUGCUUUUUAUUGGCAGACUGCAGGUUUGUGCUGUUAGGCUCUGGGAAACAGGAUAAGCUAAUGAAUGGAGUGCAGGCAUGAGGCUCUCCUCACUUGGCUGAGCAAGUGAUCCCGUGCGAAAUUUGACUUGGUUCCUUCAUCUGUAGUAAGGAUGCUGUUUGCUAUUUUAGAAAGUGUUUUGUAAACUUCAGUUGCCUACCUCCCCAAAAUGUAAGGUCCCUAUGUUUAGGUUGAAUUCCUUACACUCAAGAGGUUGUAUAGAUGUGGUAAUUCUUCCUUCUAUGGUAUGUGAAGAAGGCUACUUGGGUUCAUUUCCCAAAAGUGUGUUAUAGAAUGAGGGGACUUUGUCUGGAAAUGGUACCCUUAGUGAUCUGUAUAAUGAAAUGAGUAGGGCUGAAAGAAAUCAACAAAUAUGUAUGUGGGUUCAUGAGAGGUAGGCUUUCCCAAAUACAUGCUGAAUAGCCUUAUGAUGCCAAGAGAAGACCAGUAGAAAUUGAAACCAUUAGACGUCCAAACUAACAUUCAGUUUACUUUCUAUGGAUUCAACACAGCUGUCCCUAUGAAUUCUGCCAACUUUCCGGUACAUCUUAGCCCUCUGCCUCAGGCUGCUCCCUGGUAUUUGCCACCAUAGUUUUGUCACUCACAAGCAUUGCUUUGGGGCACACAGGAGUGAACUGAUUGGGUGAUAAGAGAUUCAGCUGGAAAUUUUACCCUAAAUUCUAAACAAUACUAAAGAACUCCUUACUGUCCCAAGAGAUGUGCUAUCUCCUUAUCCUGUGAAUUCCUCAGUUUCCUACUAGAAAUAAUGACACUGCCAAUUGGCACAAGAAUAUCUCUGAACUAGCCCUAUAACCAGAACUAUACAACAAAAUGCUACUGCUUUUGUUAAAAUAGCAUAGACACUGUAAAAACAUUCUAAGAUAACUCUUCCUAUCUUAUGAUGGAUAUUGUGUUCUAGCAUUUUCUGCAACAAAACUUGUUCUUAGGAUUUUCAAACUCUUUUCUAGGACAAACAGCUUAGAUAAAAUAUUUCCCUUCUCUCCUCUGGGAAUAGAACCCCACAGUCUAUAGGGGCAGCCCCAUCAAUACGCUAGAGGCACUUCCUGUCUUGUUCCUUUUCAUCUCCUUCUUAGAAUGCCACUUUCUCCUCUUAUCUCCUGGCCAGCCUCUAUCAUCUGCUGAUUACUAUUAAUUACAAGAUGCUGGAGAAACUUACAAUAGAAGGCAGACAUUCAGUGAUGUCCAAGCACACUUCUACCAUGGUGGUUAUUGAUCUUUACUCUGUGCCUCCCUCUCUCUGUCUGCCCCAUCACUAGAACUAUACCUUAUUGGAGCCCAGGAUUUGGAGCCAAUACUUAAUUCAAGUAGCAGAGGCUUGCUCACAAGCUUUGAGCCCAAUACGAAGCACAGCACUUUGAAAAGUCAAAUAGGCCUUUGAUAGCUUUGUACAUUUGCAGUUUACAUGAUUACAUAGAAGACUUCAGUCAUGAAGCUAUAGUAUCAAUAUAAUAAAUCUUAGAACAGAUUUAGAAACAGUGAUAACUUGCUGCUAUUACACUUACUAAUUUACACCCCAAUAUUAAUAAGUAUUAAAUACAGAUUAUGUAUACAUUAUGCAUUAUUUGUAUUGUAUAUAUGCCAAUUAUAAUGUCACUUAACCUCAUUGAUCAGCAAUUAGAAAAUAUGGAGAUUGUCAAGGUGAAAAUAAGUUUUGAUCAAUUCAAAUAAUAUGUGAAUCUGAUCGAUUCUCUAUUAGAUACUAUAUUUUGUCCUCGAUUGCUUGUUUUAUACUACAGUGCAUGCUGUUUCCUAAAUUAAUUAAAUAAUAUCAACAUUAAAUGAUACCAAUUUUAAAGUUAGAAUUAAAUUUUUGCAAAUAUGCCGCCUGAUAUUCUGAAAUGUGUCUUGUGGCUUAUCUUAUUCAGAUACAUUUCACUUGACUAUUUUUUCCCCUAGGAAAUAAUUGUUCCGAUAUAUCUCUCUCCUUCCUUGUAACCUUGUUUAAACUGCUUAAGUCAAACUAGAACAUUGUAAAGCCAGAAUACCUCAUUUUAACUGUGAAAAAAAAUUGAUAUGAUGACAUGAUGUGUUUUGUUGUUGCAUUUGUUUUAAACUACCUAAAUAGGUUUAACUCUGAUAAUAAAUAUAAAACUUUG